AAAUUACAAAAGCCCUUCAACCCGUAUGUUCUUUCUUCAACCUGCGUGUCCACGAGAAACAAAGUCAGUCUUGGCAUGCUGACAAGAACUUUGGGCAACAUUCCACAGCCAGUCAGUCCCGCACUCCUCCGGGCAACCAGGCCACACGGCAAAAGGUGGCCGCCUUGCCUUCAAGUCGUGGCAGCUGCUUGCUUAGAAGUUUGCCCUGGGGCAGCUCACCAGCACAGACAUCCUCACCGAGUCCUCUCCUAUUGGAAGAAAAGGGAGAUUAUUGGCUUACGUCAGGGAGCAUGGGGAAGUACAAAGCUACAGAUAACAUCAGCUUUAAACCCAGCUGCCCUGCUCCUGAAUGAGGCUUCACAAACUCCAGAGCACAUCAUCCAGCUGGGGUUCUAGCCGCCGGACCUGACUGAGCAGAGUUAGCUGAACUGGAGUUGACGCUCUUCACGGAUGGUCAUAGCUUCAUGCGCCCAGGUCUGCUGUCUCGCUGAUGUGACCCUGCUGCCCCUGUGCCUGAGAGAUCGAGUCCUCCUGACGACCCAGAGAGAGCAGGGACCUGAACAGCAGCUGGCUGCCAGGUGGUCCGGGCUGUCGAGGUUCUGCUGAGCACCCGCUCAUCUGUCAAGCCAGCUGGAGUGCAGCGUGGACACCUCCCCCUGGGAGCAAAAGCAGCGGCGCCAGAAGUCAGCCCAUCUCAGGAAGAAAAUAAACGGUGGGCUUGAGGAGCCCUUGAAGACCUAAAGCGACCGUUCCAUCAGCGAGAUAAGUAGAAUGAGGACCUGCUAUGCCUGGUGCGUCCUGUUCCUCUUCUGGGCAUUCGCCCUCGCGUGGGAGGGCAACUCCUUGCUCAGGAUCUCUCAGUCCGUAGCCUCCUCCGCUCACUUGUCCCACUGCUGGAUCUGCCACCCCAAACCUUCCGCCGCGCUGGGUCCUUCCGACCCUCUCGUCGUGCCCGUUGUAAACUUCUCUCAGAUACCGACUUUCCAAGUCAUGUACGAUGCGAAAUUUCCCAAGGUUGUUUACCGGGUGAGGCUUGUUAAUCAUGAACUUCCUGUUCCUUGUUUCUUCCUCACCCCACCUGAGAGAUUCACGGCCGUGGUUUCGGGUGAGAACUGCACGAAGCCGGAAUCCUGGGGGUGCGCUAGCCUGCCCGCGGCCGGUGGAAGAGCUGCUGCUGCGUGUCAGUAUCAGACCUGUUUCACCGACCCGGUCUCUCUCCCUCUGAUUCGACAACGAUGUGCAAACCUGUCCUCUGCCUAUGCUCCCACCAGACUGUGCAGAGCCUGGAGGGACCGAGAUGCCUCCCAUCCGAAGGAUGCCCCCACCCCCUUACAGAGUUGCCGCAUGACUCCAACAGGGACCCUGCCUCGCACAGACCCCUGGUUAGAGGACAUCUUGAGCCACCUUCCCCAAGGGGAUAGCCUUAAUUUUCAGAAUAUGACUGGAGUCUUAUGUGCUCCCACGGGUUACAUUUUCGUCUGUGGGUCCAACGAUGAGGCGUGGGCCUACAGAUGUCUUGACAGUUGGCGUGUAGGUGGAACCUGCCUGUUAGGCUACUUGGUGACCCCAUUCUCUGUCCAUAACGUUUCAGAAGCUGCCCUGACACUCUUCACUGGGGUUGCUCGUGGUGGCCUUGCUGGAGAUGGUUAUUUCUCUGGCGACACCCUUCUACCGUGGUGGGGUGCAGCAGCUCAUCCACAGGUGCUUAGGAACCUAUCAGAAACCUUAGCUAUUAUUGCAAAUGAAGCAGCUGCCUCGCUCCCUGGGCUGCACGCAUCCUCAGAUGCUCUUGCAAAAGUCGUGCUUGGCAACCGCACAGCUUUAGAUUAUGUGCUUGCUGAGCAAGGUGGAGUCUGUGUUGUUGCUGGCACUGCUUGCUGCAUGUAUAUCAAUUCCUCUUCUGCGGUGGAGACUCACAGUGCUGCAAUUAGACAGCAGGCUCCUUGGCUCCAACCAGCCUCAGAACGUCAGAGCAGAAUGAGUUUAGGGGGAAUGAAAAACCGGUUCAAAGACCUUUUUGAACAGAAGCUGAAUGGGGUACGUUCGAUUCUGGGUGGCAUCAAGUUAGGUCUUGCUAUCCUUCUCAUAGUUAUAUUAUUUAUAAUACUUCUAUACUGUGUAAUUAAGUGCUGUGUUAACAAGGCUAAACCUGCUAAGACAGACAGGGAAAUACCUAUGAUCACUCUAAGACCCCCAUGUUUAGGAGGCGCACUGAAAGAUGUUUCAUAGAUCAGGUCAAAUGGUUCCAUUCCACAGUCGCACCAUGCCGACCCUGAUCAGCAGAAAGUAGCCAGAUGAGCGACAACGUCCUUUCAUCCCUGAUUGCACAGGACUGUGGAAUGGACCAGUUGGCGGUGGGAAAUUGUAAUAAAAUAAAUAAUCAGUCUCUGUGAUGCCAUCCUGUUCAAGUCUGACCUGUCAGUGAGCAGCUUCUUCUUACUCCUGCGUGGGGAUAUGCCAAUCAUUAGAGGAGUCUAACCUGUAGCCUAGGAAUGACCAAAAUAAUCUCCCUGCUUGAGAGUACCUCCCCAAGGAGGAAAGGAAGGUAUGUACAAAAAUAAUGAUUGUUUAUUAAAAGAUUUAUAGGCACCUCAUGACUGGGACCCAGCAGCUGGAGUUCGUUAGCCAAAAGGAAAGACGUGUCCCUGCCCGCCUUGGGCCCUUGCUGAUGUCCAGAUGUGUGCGUUCGUCACUCGCCUCCUGACCUCAGACCCCCUCCUUUUCCUCUGGCAUACAAGAAGCCUAAAUUCUGUGCUUUCUCAUGAUGGUUCUGUGGACUCUAGUCUGCCAUCUUCUCUGCUUGCUGGCUUUCCAAAUAAAGUUGCUUUU